AUGACACAUAAUAUUGCCAGGUCUCGGACUAAAUCUAGUGCUCCUUGGAAGGUCUCAAAUUCUUCCCCUUACUUGCCACCAACUAACAAUACUUUUUUUGGCAAUAAUUCUAAUGGCAUGGCCAGGAGUAAACCAGUGGCUCGAGAUCCUAGAUUUAGUGAUUUAUCAGGGAAACUGAAUGUGGAACUUUUCCGAAAAUCAUACGAAUUCAUCGAUAAUCUACGAGAUAAAGAGGAGUCUGCGCUACGUCAAUUUAUCCAGAAAUAUAAUGGUAAAAGUAAAAAUAAAACUACAUAUUUGGACCAGUUUGGUGAAAUAACAUUGGAGGAUGCUAAAAAGUUACUCAGCAAAUAUAAAUCGCAGAAUAUUGCAAUUCAAAACAAACGCGAGUUUGCCAAGUUAAAACAGGAACUGAAACAAAAAGAACGUUUAAAGCUGGCUAUUUCUAAUAAAAGGACUUUCUACUAUUCUGAUGCCAAGAUUAAGAAAAUUUUGAAGGAAAAGAGGGAUAAGGAAAUCUCUAUAAAUAAAAUCGCAAAAAUGGAAGCUAAGAAGGCAAAGAAGUCAAUUAAAUCGAUUCCUACGCGAAGAUAA